CUUUUCUGGCGUUGUCCUCUUCUCCAAAACGGUGUCAAAUACCGUGUUGUUGCCGCUUUUUCCCAAGCACGGAAAAGAAAAGUUUUGCAUCGAAAAAGUGAUCAAAAACGGCAGAAACCAUCACUCAUCGGCGAGAAAAUCGUUCAACCGAUCACAAUAGAUAGAAUGUCCGAUCGUGAUCGAGAAUAUCGUGGUGGCGGAGGAGGAGGAGGAGGUCGUGGUGGUGGCGGAGGAGGCGGUGGCGGCGGCGGUGGUGGUGGUGGACGCCAUCGUUCACGGUCCCGCGAGCGUCGUCGCAGCCGGUCCCGGAGCAGGGGAGAACGGAGAAGAUCGUCCCGGUCCCGCUCGCCGUACCGGAAGCACCGUUCCCGUAGGCGCAAGCCGUCCCUGUACUGGGAUGUUCCACCGCCCGGUUUCGAGCACAUUACGCCGCUACAGUACAAGGCGAUGCAGGCGGCGGGACAAAUUCCGGCCAACAUAGUGGCGGACACGCCGCAGGCAGCCGUGCCCGUGGUGGGCUCGACGAUUACGCGCCAGGCGCGCCGGCUGUACGUGGGCAACAUACCGUUCGGCGUGACGGAGGAGGAGAUGAUGGAGUUCUUCAACCAGCAGAUGCACCUUUCCGGGCUGGCGCAGGCGGCCGGCAACCCGGUGCUGGCCUGUCAGAUCAAUCUGGACAAAAACUUUGCGUUCCUCGAGUUUCGCUCGAUCGACGAAACGACGCAAGCGAUGGCAUUCGACAGCAUUAACUUUAAAGGGCAAAGCUUGAAAAUUCGUCGACCGCACGAUUACCAGCCAAUGCCCGGUAUGACUGAUUCGGCCGCGGUCAACGUUCCCGAAAAAUUCUCCGGUGUUAUCAGCACAGUGGUACCGGACUCGCCGCACAAGAUCUUCAUCGGAGGUUUGCCGAACUAUCUGAACGAGGACCAGGUUAAGGAAUUGCUGCUAUCGUUCGGUCAACUGAAAGCGUUCAAUCUGGUCAAGGACGCCGCGACCGGGCUGGGUAAAGGUUAUGCCUUUGCCGAGUACGUCGAGUACACGGUUACGGAUCAGGCAAUUGCGGGGCUGAACGGUAUGCAGCUGGGCGAUAAAAAGCUGAUCGUACAACGUGCCAGUGUAGGAGCGAAGAACUCGAACGCGGCCGUCGUCGCACCGGUCCAGAUUCAGGUGCCGGGUCUUUCGCUAGUCGGUUCGUCGGGUCCACCGACCGAGGUGCUGUGCCUGCUGAACAUGGUCACGCCGGACGAGCUGAAGGACGAGGAAGAGUACGAGGACAUUCUCGAGGACAUUCGGGAGGAGUGCAACAAGUACGGUGUGGUGCGGAGCGUCGAAAUCCCGCGCCCCAUCGAAGGGGUGGACGUGCCCGGCUGUGGCAAGGUGUUUGUCGAGUUCAACUCGAUCGUCGACUGCCAGAAGGCGCAGCAAGCGCUUACUGGGCGCAAGUUUAGCGACCGUGUGGUCGUCACGUCGUACUUCGAUCCAGAUAAGUAUCAUCGGCGCGAAUUUUAAGCGACUUUCUCCACAUCAGUGCAGCUGCCGCGGGCUGCUGCUGCUGCUUAUGGCGGGCGAUCUCUGUGUGGUGCGCACAGUGACGAGCGCUGAAACUUUGAAACAUCAUAAAUCUACACAAUUCCAUUCGCUUGAAGAUUCCUGCCCGGGCGCAGCUGUCCAUAAGUCAACAUUUUGGCAUACUUUUAGUAAGAAGAGGCAAACAAUGUACAUUUUUUUCAAACGUAGUGCAAGGUACCGCCGAUCAUUCGUGAUAGCGGACACUGUGAAUGAUUUGGAUCGAAAUCUUUAAAACCGAUUUCAAACCUAUGUUUCAGCAAACUUUUUAAUUAGCCUAAUUUAACUUAACAGAACUGAUGCAACUGCACGUAUUACGUGCUCACGCUAUUUUGUCACUUGUCUAGGAAGUGAACCACUGAACAGGAUGUAUGCUUCUUUCAACAAAUUUUAACGUAACAACUGUUUGUAUUUGCAAAUCUAGUUGCGUUUCCCAACCGCAACCUCAAAAACCACAACAAAACAAAAAAAAAAACAAAAAAACUAAAAAAACUCAACGUUCGGACCAAAGUCGACAACGAUCUUUCCUAGGGUGUCAGCGCACGGAAUGUGUACAACAGCGCCGGACGAACAGCACGCGAUUUUUUUAAAGGAUCUUCACGGUGAAAUUGCGCAAUUUUCUCUAGGGUAACUUUAUCGUAGAUGUUUAAGAUAACAAAGAGAAGAGUACGACGAACGCUACGGUGUGUGGCAGUUUGUGGACAAUUUCACCCUUUCCCAACGGACGCGUCGAACCGAAGCUAUAUAUUGAAUAAAUAAAUGACCAUGCAGUACUAA